AUGCAGGCAUUGUUGGCCUACAACUCGGCCGAAGCCAUCAGGGUCUGUGUUGAUGCUGAAGAUUUGCACGGGUUUACGCCUUUGCAAGAAGCCAUUCGGAAUGAGAAUUUUGAUGGGUUGAAGAAAAUUCUCUCCGACCUACAAGCCUGCCGCAACGCCAAGAAACAAGUCCUCGGCUGCCUGGUUGGAUAUCAAAUCAAAAACUACGAGACCUGGAAAUACAUCGCCCAGCUCAUCUGUGCCCCGCAGCUCGACUGGCUGAUCCAGAUGAACAGCUCCGGCGACGCGGUGCUGCACCUGAAGCUGGAACCGGAUGUUUUGCGCGUGAUCUGCUCGCACGCCGAUUCCGGAACUUUGGAGCUACCAAAUGGGCGUGGGAUGACACCGCUACAAGCCGCUAUCGCGCGCGACGAUCUGGCGGCUUGCGUCUGUUUCGUGUCCUUUGGAGCCGAUGUGAACAAGCGAACGCAAGAGUCCUGUAUCCAGUUGGCAUUAAAGUACGCCAGCCCAACAGUUCUGCAACUGUUGAUCCUGCUAGGGGCGAAAAUGGAGGGCAACGACUCGCAGCUGGUCAACCAAAGGGAUAAGGCUUACAUCGAGCAAAUCCGGAAAAUGUUCAGCGGAAAAUUGGAGCCAAGUUUGGAUGCCGCGAUGAGGGCUCAUUUGUUAUCGGAAAAUACGAUCCGGAUCCGUGACGCCCUUCUGAAUACGGUGCCUUCAAACAAGCAGCUUGCCAUUUCACUUGAUGGUGGUGGAAUUCGAGGGUUGGCUGAGGCUCAGAUGCUCUUUGAACUACAGCGCAUCUUAGGUGACUCGUUUUUGCCGAGAAUCGAGUGGCUGGGAGGUACCAGCACCGGGUCGAUUCUAGCCAUCGGGCUAGCUCUUGGCAAAUCACCGCAGGAUUGCAUCAGAUUGUACCUCCGUUUUAAGGACGAGGUUUUUAGGGGCGAUAGACCGUACUCAGAGCAGAACCUCGAAAAAUGCCUACAAAAUGAAUUCAAGCUGAACGGGCAAGAAUUGAGGAUGGUGGACGUGAAGAAAAAGCUCCUCGUGACAGCCGCUCAAACGGACGUCAGCCCAGCGGAAAUUGUCGUAUUCCGUAGCUACCAGCUGCCAAAUGAGGCGCCAAAAAGCUAUAAGAGCCUCGGGUCGGCGGGCGAGUUGAAGCUCUGGCAAGCUGCCAGGUGUUCGAGCGCAGCCCCCACCUACUUCUCGGCCCCGCACGGCUGCUACAUGGAUGGCGGCCUCAUCGCGAAUAACCCGACCUCGGAAGUAUUGUCUGAUAUUCAAGUGAUCGAUGCGUUGGGACCGAAUAAGGUGAAACCGGCCGCUUUUCUGUCGUUGGGUACUGGAAUUCCGCCAACACGUAGAGUCGGCGAAUCCACUCCAGAUGCCGGGAUUCUGGCUACGCUGAUGGCCAGGCUGAACGUGACGGUGGUGCACACGCUGCAUAUGUUGACGGAACAGAUUUCUGCGGCCAACGGCGUCGUCGUCAGCCGCUCAGCCGGCUUCUGCCUAGCCAUGGGUAUUCCAUUCUUCCGCUUCUCCCCGCCACUUGCGUUUGAUAUUGAACUCGAUGCCCGGGAUGACAAGACGCUAAUCGAAAUGAUGUGGACGUCGAGAAACUACAUCAACACCCACCCUGACCUGAAGAAGCUCGUCGAAUAUAUGCAAAAA